AUGAGGUAUAAUGUUCAUGAGAAGAUCGUAAAUUUCAUGGCUCCGGAGCCUAUGACCCUUCCAACUAUGGUUCCUGACCUCAAUAAUUUGUUUGGGUUGAAGAACCAGAAACGAGCUUCUGUAGUUUAG